AUGGUGUACGAUGUAGCCAUCAUCGGCGCAGGGCCUUGCGGACUGGCUGUGGCGGCGCGGUUGCGCGAAGCGACUCCCUCGGCCCUCUUCACCAACGACGAGCAUGCUCGGUAUUGGAGGAGGUUCAAUCGGCGUGAGACGAUCGAAAACGAACAACGCAUGUCCCAGAACAAAGCCGCCGUAUCGGACCGGAGGAGUGACAGGUCAACUGUUCCGGCCAGAUCGAUGAUUGUGCUAGACGCGCAUUCUGACGAGUGGAUGUCCGCGUGGCAGGAGAGGUUCCGCAGGCUGCAGAUCGACCAUCUUCGCAGUCCGCUGUUCUUCCACCCGGACCCGAGGGAUAGAGAUUCGCUCUUGGCCUUCUCCCACCUCCACUGCCGCACUGACGAGUUGCAAGAAAUCCCCAACGUGGCUGGCAAAGAGAUUAGCAAGCAUCGAAUAAAGAAGAAGCGGCAGAAAAGAAUCGCACAGCACCUCCGGAUCGAUGACCGAGACCGGAUAGAUUACUUUACCCCCUCGACAGCGCUCUUCAAUGAUUUCUGCAGCGAUAUCGUGGAUAGAUAUCGGCUUCGGAACCUCGUGGUACGAGCAAAGGUUGAGGAUGUCGAGUACGGCGAUCUCGGCGGCUUGACUAACGCAGAAGGAUUUACCUUGACCACGGACCAAGGAGCGAUCUUCUCCCGAAUCGUCGUUGUCGCUGUCGGUCCUGGCAGUAAGCCUUGCAUUCCCCUCGACAGCAACCUUCAGCUGAGCACGGACGUUGGAAGCGUUUGCCACUGCUUCGACCCAGCAAGUGGACACUAUCUUCCAGAGCAUCUUCUGAAAAAAAUUGAUCAAGGGUUACCAACCUCGGUCGUGGUGGUUGGUGGUGGACUGACAAGCGCUCAAAUUGCAGACCUACUGAUUUGUUGUGGCGUAAACAAGGUAUGGCUGUUGCUCAGGGGAGAUUAUAAGUUGAAGCAUUUCGAUGUCGACCUGGAAUGGGUGUCCAAAGUGCGCAACCAGCAAAUGUCGGUGUUCUGGUCGGCAGAUAGUGAUCAGGAGCGCUUCGAGUUGCUCAAAGAUGCUCGAAACGGCGGCAGCAUAACACCCAAAUUUGACAGGAUUCUCAAAAGGCACGUCUUAAACAGUCGCCUAGCCAUCCUGACGCACACUCGUAUCAAGGACGGAUUGUGGUGCGCAGGAAGCCGGACAUGGUCCAUCACAUUGUCCUCGGAGCCAGAGAACGACCCUCUGUGCGUCGAUCACAUCAUAUAUGCUACCGGAGCGGCUCCGAACGUCGAGAGAGUGCCCUGUCUGCAGCACAUGCUGAAUAAAUAUCCUGUUGAGUCCAUCAAUGGGUUACCUACUCUUAGCAAUGACUUGAUGUGGCGCGACGACAUCCCGUUAUUCUUGACUGGUGGUCUUGCAGGGUUGAGGCUUGGUCCCGGCGCUGCCAAUCUAGCCGGGGCACGACAAGGAGCUGAAAGGAUUGCUUGGAAAAUCGAGGACUUGCUGGGUAAAGAGCAGACACCGUCGCCGGACGAACGAGUCUCAGCCGUGGCCGGCCUAGGUGUGAGGCAACCUGGGAAGGGGGAGAUGAGGAUGAUGGCUGAGGAGAGGAGUGAGUUUACAGGAGGCUUUGCCAAUCAAUUUGAGGCAUUGACGAUCCAUGAAGGCAGCUGA